UGAGGCACUAAGAUGGGCAAUGAGAUAGUAGUAACUACUUAUGUGAUGUGGCAUGGCAGGAGGAAAAUGAAGAUAUUGAUUUGAGAUGGGCUCUCGUGAAUGCUCUCGUAAACACCCAAACUCUUCUUCCAACCAAAUCCAAAGCGCCGCCAUGCCGUUUCUACCUGAAGAAAUCGUCCGAGAAAUUAUCGGCCACCUGCCGCCAAAGGCGCUGUUGCGCUUCAGGUCCGUUUCCCGAUCAUGGCGAUCCUUUAUUGACAGCAAACAAUUCAUUCAACUGCAUCUGCACAACUCCUUGAGAUCCAACAGAAAUCUCACUCUUUUAGUCGAUUCAUCCCGGUUUUACUACGUAGAUCUGGAUUCCUUCAACCAAUUGCAAGUUGGAGACGCCCGAAUCGAGCCUUUCUCCGUCAAAGGCUCCUGCAAUGGCCUCGUUCUCCUCACCCCCACCUCCGGCGACAUAUUCCUCUGGAAUCCGGCGAUCCGUAAGCGGAUCAAAUUGGCCGCGCAGCCGCCGAUUCCCUAUCGAUUUUUCAGAUUCGACUCAGUGCAGCUGGCUAUGUUCGCGCUGGGAUACGAUUCCAAACACGACGAUUAUAAAGUUGUUAGUGUUAAUCAGGCUGCAAUUGACAAGGAUGGCAACACCUUCACCACGGAAACGACGAUCUACAGCCUCAAAUCCAAUUCAUGGAAGAAGGCAAAGGAUUUCCCCUAUUUGUUGCCACGUCACACUUCAAGGUGGGGAAUCUACCUGAACGGCGCGCUCCACACCGUUGCGAAACACGGCGGCAACCCUGAGAUGGUGAUCAUGGCGUUUGAUCUCGGAAAGGAAGAGCACCGCGAGAUUCCGCUGCCGGAACACAGCAGCGGCGCGAUUCGUGGUUUGGAAUCGGUGGAGGUGUUGGGAGGGCGUCUCGCGGCGGUUGUUCCUGGGAGGAAAUGUAGCACUGAGAUCUGGCUGAUGAAGGAAUACGGCGUGAAGCAGUCAUGGAUGAAAUUACUGCAGCUCGAUCCGCCGCCGCGCGGCGAUCUGCGGCCGCUGGCUUACUCCAAGAGCUGCCGCGAGGUUUUGCUGAACGAUGACGGAAUGUGCCUCAGCUGGUUCGAUCUGAAGAAGAAAACCGCCGCAAUCGCUCGUGUUAGCGGCUUCAGCGCCUCGUUUGAGGCGAAGGCGGAUGAGCCGUUUUUCGAUACGGAGGUUGUUGUUGGGAGCCUUGUUUGGCCUUGUGUGGAGGAGCACAAUGGUGUGAAGGAGAUGAAGAUAAAGAAGAGAAAGGUGGUUUGCUGAUUUUACAAUUUUGAGUGCUUUGGAUAUUUGUUUUGUUUAUACAGUAUUUCUCCUUUUUUGUUGUGAUGUUUUGCUGGGAUGUUUCUAUCAAAUGGUGAUUCGAGCUAAUUCUAUGAAGAAUUAACAGUGAAAGUUAAUGGAGAAAUGGAGGUUUAUUACUACUAUGAUAAUAUUUCA